AUGACUUCAUCACAAUUACUUUUCCUCCCAGCAGAGGUCCUCCUCCUCAUAGGAGAACACCUCGACCGACAGUCUCUCUAUGCAGCCAUGCAAACCUCGACUCUCCUCUACACCACCUAUACCCCUCUCCUCUGGAGAACCAUUUCCCUCGACGACUCUUCAGAGCGCCAAGUCCACUUCAAGGCCCUCCAGUCAAGAGCAGACCAUGUCCACAACCUCUCCAUAAUGACCUUCUUACCUUCCUACUACACCCUCUCCUUCCCAAGACUCUCCUCCCUCUCCCUCCUCAACGACUAUAGCUUCCUCUGUGCACCCACUUUUGUCCAACGCAACCCAACCAUCAAAGACCUCUUUAUCAUCGACAGGCAAUCAUUGCCUACCAAGGACUUUUGGGACGCUGUUUACUCGGAAUGGCUUCAGCCUAGAUCCCUCACAGUCCAGGACCUCAACGUCACAGAGAGAGCAGCAAGUGCCUUCUGGAAGGCCUGCAGUCGAUUCGAGACCCUCCGUUUAUCCUUCCAUGCCCCUUCUGCAUCGUUGCCCAAGGAUCUGGCAUUCCCUCAAGUCACACACUUGGAUCUCAAGCUGGAUCAUCAAAGGAUGGAGCCCUUCUGUGCAGAGGAGCAGCUGGCUUUUAUCAAGGCCUGUCCUAGUCUCACCAGUCUCUGCUGGUCACUCGACCACUUUGACUCCCCAAUACUGCAGUUCCAAGAGGCUCUUUCUCAAAGGACCUGGACUCAAUUGAGCGACGUUGAACUCAGGGGUUCGAUUCAUCUGGACACGGAAAUGGUGACGGUCAUGGAUUCGCUCCCACCACUCAAGAGACUUGUUCUGUCGCAGUGCUCUUUCGGACCUUUGACUUUUUCCAAGCUAAAGGAGCACCAUUUUGCAACGCUUGAGGUCUUGAAUGUUGUUGGGUGUGAGAGGUUCACAUCUGCAAUGACGAUGGAGGUACUGUCGAGAUGUCCUCGUCUGCAAGUCCUCAGUUGCCCACAUAUCCAACUCAAGGAUCUCAUCCAACUUCCUCAGGAUGAGCAACAACAGCAACCAUAUACCUAUCAGCAGCACCUCAGACACCUCGACACAUUCAUCUCCAAAGGCGACACCGACCCUGCCGACUGGACAAUCAAAGCAAUGGAGCGCCUGUCCACCUUCACUCAUUUGGAGCACCUUUCACUUUGCCCGGCCCUUUUGGACCCCGAAUGCCACUUUCAGGAACAGGAUCAAGUACACGUGACCAGCAGCGGAUUGGAUGUGUGUCUGGCGAAUGGCAUGGAUCGCCUCAACAGUCUGAGCAAGUUGUCGUUCUUUGAGUUUGGAGACUCUUCGCCGAGGAUGGGGUUGGAGGAGGCACAAUGGAUGACUCAGUCCUGGAGUCAGUUGAAGACAGUGGUGGGCAACUUUUCAGAGACGGAGGAUUGUUCUAGAGAGGAUAUUGCGAUGCUGUUAAAACAGCAUGAUGUCACGCACCUAACAAUACAGAGCAACAAGCAAUAA